UAUUGGCUGAAGAGAAAAAACAUUAGUAGCAGCAGUAGAGAAGUUCCUUUUUUCCUGUUUAGGCGAACCCUUUCUCACUCACCUACCCCGCCAUCGUCAAACUUUGAAAACUGAAAAAAAUUCUCAUAUAAUGAAGUCCAUCUCCGUGACCAUGUCUUAAAGUUUUUCUGCAUCUGAAAUAUUAAAAAACGAACCAAUUUGAUUCCAUCUUCGUUUCCAAUGGAAGAAAAACAAGAACCUCACAUAGCAGUAGUUCCAAGCCCAGGCUUCACCCACCUUGUCCCAAUCCUUGAAUUCUCAAAACGUCUCCUCCAUCUCCACCCAGAUUUUCACAUCACCUGCAUCAUCCCCUCCGUUGGUUCACCCUCAUCUUCCACCAAAUCCUACCUCCAAACUCUUCCUCCAUCCAUCACUCCCAUUUUCCUUCCUCCCAUCACUCUCCAACCACCUACAGAUGCAGCACUCCUUGCAGUCCAAAUCGAACUCUCAGUCACCCUAUCUCUCCCUCUCAUCAAACAAGAACUCAACUCCCUGUGUUCAAGAACCAGGGUUGUAGCUUUAGUUGUAGACAUUUUUGCACAUGAAGCAAUGGAUUUCGCCAAGGAGCUGAAUCUGUUGUCUUAUAUAUACCUCCCACAAGCUGCUAUGAUGCUUUCUAUGUACUUCAACUCAACAAAGCUAGAUGAGAUUAUCUCAGAGUCAAGAGAUCUUGAAGAUGCUAUAGAUUUACCUGGUUGUGUAGCUUUACGCAUAAAGGAUCUCCCUCUUCCAUUUCAACUUCGAUCCGGUGCAGGUUACGAGAGAUUUCUUGAACGUGGCAAACGGGUUGUUCAUGUCCCUGAUGGGGUGUUUGUGAACACCUUCACUGAAUUGGAAGCAGGGGUUGGGGAGAUUUUGCAAGAUCAUAAAGAAGGGAGGCCACAAGUUUAUCCAGUAGGACCCAUUAUUCAGAGUGGUUCAACUGGUAAUGAAAAUGGGUUGGAGUGUUUGAAAUGGUUGGAUAAGCAAGAACCAAGGUCUGUUCUCUAUGUUUCAUUUGGAAGUGGAGGAACACUUUCUCAAGAACAGUUCAAUGAAUUGGCAUAUGGGUUGGAGCUGAGUGGUGAAAAGUUUCUGUGGGUUGUGAGAGCACCAAACCGUGUGGCGAGUGCUACUUACUUUGAUGCUAAAUUUGAGGACCCUCUGCUGUUUUUGCCAAAUGGGUUCUUGGAGAGAACCAAGGAGAGAGGGUUGGUUGUUCCUUCAUGGGUGCCACAGGUUCAGGUGCUUGGACAUGGUUCUACUGGUGGAUUCUUAUCACACUGUGGUUGGAAUUCUGUGCUUGAGAGUGUGGUCCAGGGUGUGCCGGUUAUCGCGUGGCCGCUUUUCGCUGAGCAGAGCUUGAAUGCGGCGUUGUUGUCUGGUGGUCUGAAAGUGGCGUUGAGGCCAAAGGUUAGCGAUGGUGGGUUGGUUGAAAGGGGAGAAAUUGCUAAGGUUGUGAAGGGUUUGAUGGAUGGUGAAGAAGGUGUGGAGAUUAGGAGGAGGAUGGAGGAUUUGAAGAAUGCGGCAGGUAAUGCGAUUAAAGAAGGUGGUUCAUCUACAAUGGCUCUAGCAGAGGUGGCUGCGAAGUGGAGAUUCCUUCAAAUUUUCAACAAACGAAAACAACCAUCACAAAUAUUAGAAAAAAAAAAAACAAGCCAAUUUCAUUCCAUCUUCCUUUCCAAUCACUUCAAUUCAAUGGAAAAUCAAAAACCUCACAUAGCAGUAGUUCCCAGCCCAGGCUUCACCCACCUUGUCCCAAUCCUUGAAUUCUCAAAACGCCUUCUCCAUCUCCACCCAGAAUUUCACAUCACCUGCAUCAUCCCCUCCACUGCUUCACCCUCAUCUUCCACCAAAUCCUACCUCCAAACCCUUCCUCCGACCAUCACUCCCAUUUUCCUCCCUCCCAUCACCCUCCAACAACCUGCAGAUGCAUCACUCCUCGCUGUGCAAAUUGAACACUCAGUCACCCUUUCUCUCCCUCACAUCAAACAAGAGUUAAUAUCCCUAUGCUCAAGAACCCGAGUUGUAGCUUUGGUUGUAGACAUAUUCGCACAUGAAGCAAUGGAUUUCGCGAGGAAGCUGAAUCUUUUGAGUUAUAUAUACCUCCCACUAGCUGCUAUGGUGUUUUCUAUGUACAUCAACACAACAAAGCUAGAUGAGAUUCUCUCCUCCGAGUCAAGAGAUCCAGAAGAUGCUAUAGAAUUGCCUGGUUUUGUAGCUUUACGUAGAAAGGAUCUCCCUCUUCCAUUUCAAUUUCGAAUCGGCAUAGGUUACGAGCAAUUCCUUAAACGUGGCAAACGGGUUAUUCAUCUCCCUGAUGGAGUUUUUGUGAACAGCUUCACUGAAUUGGAACCACGGGUUAUUCAGUUCUUGCAAGAUCAAAACAAAGGGAGGCCACAAGUUUAUCCAGUAGGACCCAUUAUUCAGAUUGGAUCAAUUGGUCAAGAAAAUGGGUUGGAGUGUUUGAAAUGGUUGGAUAAGCAAGAACCAAGGUCUGUUCUCUAUGUUUCAUUUGGAAGUGGAGGAACACUUUCUCAAGAACAAUUCAAUGAACUGGCUUAUGGGUUGGAGCUGAGUGGUGAAAACUUUCUCUGGGUUGUGAGAGCUCCAAAUUGUGUGGCGAGUGCUACUUACCUUGAUGCUGAAUUUGAAGACCCUCUUCAGUUCUUGCCAAAUGGGUUCUUGGAGAGAACCAAGGAGAGAGGGUUGGUUGUUCCUUCAUGGGUGCCUCAGGUUCAGGUCCUUGGACACAGUUCCACUGGUGCAUUCUUAUCUCAUUGUGGUUGGAAUUCGGUUUUGGAGAGCGUAGUCCACGGUGUGCCGGUGAUCGCGUGGCCGCUUUUCGCUGAGCAGGGCUUGAAUGCGGCGAUACUAGGUGAUGAUGGCCUGAAAGUGGCUCUAAGGCCUAAAGUUAACAGUGGUGGAUUGGUGGAAAGAGGAGAGAUUGUUAAGGUUGUGAAGGGUUUGAUGGAAGGUGAAGAAGGUGUGGAGAUUCGCAGAAGGAUGGAGCAUUUGAAGAAUGCAGCAGGUAAUGCGAUAAAAGAAGGUGGAUCUUCUACGAUGGCUCUGGUAGAGGUGGCUGAGAAUUGGAGACUCGUUUAGUAUGCAAGUUGCCUCAAAUUCAACAAAGAUGAGGCGGUCAAGGGGAGUAGUGCAGUAGGCUCCGGAGGUGUGCUUAGGGAUGAUCAUGGAGACUGGGUGAUGGGGUUUUGUAACAACAUGGGAACAUCGAAUUCUUUGUUGGCUGAGCUUACAGGGAUUCGUACAGCAGUGGAAUUUAUUCUAGAUGACAAUUAUCCUCAUGUUGUCAUUGAGAGUGAUUGCUUAGAGGCGGUGAACAUGAUUUCAGGAUCAUCUCCUGUAGCUGGUGCAUAUGGGGAGAUAGUUGAUGCUAUUAGGAGAGGGAUUUCUUUCCAUGGAAAUAUUAGUUGUUGCUUUACUCCUAGAGAGGCUAAUUUAGUAGCGGAUUGGCUAGCAAUAGCGGCUCUGAUGUUCCCGUUUGGAACUCAUAGACUCACUUCUCCUCUAAGGGAUUGUCAUCGUCUGAUUUUACUGGAUAAGGGCGAGGGUUUAUCCUCUCUCUCGGUAGAGCCUAGUGCUUAGUUUCUCCGGGGCAUAGCCCCACCAUGUAACAAAAUAAAAUAUUAAUUCAAUACAAUUUGAUCUUUAUGUGUGAAA